AUGGCUGAUCCACUCACAAUCGCAUCAGGGAUUGCCGGGCUGCUUUCGCUUGGUAUUCAAGUCACCCAGUCUUUGCUCAGUUUUUACACUACAUACAAGGACCAAGACACCGAUCUGGCAAAGGUUACGCAGAAGCUCGACAAUCUUCUGGGCAUUUUUCGAGCCCUCGAUAUUGCAGUAGAGGAACGCCGAUCGCAGGCCGACACCCAAGAUCUACUCCGAGAAGUCGAGAAGGCGGUACAGCAAUGCGAGGAAAUCAUCACCGAGCUGCAAAGCGAGUGUCGGGAAUUCCACGAAGAUUCGACUGCCGGUUUAAAGGUUCGUGUUAAGGUUGCUGGACGUCGUGCGGCCUAUCCAUUUCGGAAGAGUACCCUACAGAAGCUCGAAGAAGACGUCAGCGAUAUACGUGAAAACCUGUUAUUUGCGCUUGAUGUCCUGCAGCUCAAAAGCCAGAGGCAGAUUCAAGAUGGCAUAUCGGAAGUCAAAUCACUUGUCGAGCAAACAAAUGCUAGCCAAGUCUCGCUCGCGAUUCGUUGCUGGCUUAUGGCGCCGGAUGUAUCUCUCAACCACAACGCGGCGUGUGCGAAAUGUCACCCAAGCACAGGGCUAUGGUUCGUCAACGGCUAUCACUUUCGGACGUGGCUAGAGGAACGCAAUUCCUUCCUAUGGUUGAAUGGUUUCGCAGGAUGUGGAAAGUCGGUCCUCUGCUUAACCGCAAUCCAGCAUACGUUUCGUGAGAUGAGGCAUAAACAUGGAGUUGGAAUCGCAUUUUUCUACUUUUCCUUUAACGAGGAGGCAAAGCAAGACGAUAACGGCAUGUUACGCACGUUGCUGUUGUAG